AUGGGAUCAUCGGGAAAGCAGACAAAGCUCCAUAUCCGUAAGGUCAUUGACUACAAGCGGAUCAUAUACCUUGACUCUGACACUAUCAUCUUGCGGAAUGUGGACUCUCUCUUCUCCCUCCCCAAAUACUCACUCUACUUGCCAUCCAUUAUGAUGGUCAUUGAGCCACAUCGGUACCUGUUUUCGAGACUCAUGGAGGUCGCAGACAAGAUGGAGGCCGGGGGUGCUGCCACAUAUGACAUGGAUCUUAUCAAUAAUGCCUUUGGAAAUGUAUCUGGCAUGCUCCUAGGCUCGGUCGAACUUCUCACACAGGAUUUGGGGAACCCCACUGAGAAAACACACUGGUUCCCAUGGUGGAUUGUGGAUCAAGUGGUCACCUUCACAUACGCAAUUCACUUUUCUUCUGGCCCCCUUGGUAACCUAAAACCUAGGGCGGCAAACAGGAAAGAUAUCAACUGGCCUCAAGGACAGCAUCCCAUGUAUCAAAGUGCUUUUGAGAUCUGGUGGGAUGUCGCCGAGAAACUUUGCUCACCGAACCGAAGCUUGCGCGGCUGGGCACAGAAUGAGUUCUAA